GAUUGACUUCCGGCUGCUUCCGGUAACGUUAGUGUGUUACUAUGCAACGAGACGCUCUGAUGUGUAGUAUAAACUGGUAUUGCAUUAAGAAGUAAAUCAGUUAAAGCUGCUUAUCCUUGUUCAUGUUUGCUGUGGUUUUUAAUAGUCAACCGAUGCAAAUGAUACAUUAAAGCUGAAGACUUCUAUCUUUUGAGGCCGAGUGUCAGAUAUGGCUGACGGUUGGUGCACUGACACCGGAGAAUCGGUUUACCGUUCCCGGGAUGCAGUUAAAAACUUACGAAUACGAGUGCACAUACAGCGUGUGACCUCCACAGCUGCUCUGUCUCAACAUCUCCAUCAGCAAGUGCUUUCUCAGCAGGAGAGAGGAGUUAUAGAGCUGGACACCUUCAGCUCUCAGACACAAGCAGCUUCCAUCACUGAUGCAGAGGAACUGGUGGUUGGUUGGCAAGAGAAGUUCUUCAGUCAGUAUGAAGUGGACCUUUACCAAACAGAGUCAAAUUGUCAAACACCACUGGAGCAUCAGUAUCACACAGAAAUCAUGGCAAUGGAGAGAACCAAAAGAAGACAAAACCAGCGCAUUUUUACCUACACAGACUUUGAUCGCUUCUCCAAAUGGGAAGAGCAAGCUCAGAGUCUACUGAUCCCAGCUCAGCCUACACCAACCUUUUUAGCAGAACGCAUGGCUAACGUUAGACACAGGAGACAAGAGAGACGUCCUGUAGAGUCUAAUGUUCCCAAGUCCCGUUUAAUCACAUGGGAGCCUUCGGAGGAGUUCAUAAAGAACAGUCACAUCAUCAACACACCAGUGCAGACCAUGUACAUCAUGGGAGAUCUUGGGCCUUCAGGGAAGUUGGGCCUGAAAGAGAAUGAGUAUAUAUUAUGCACCAUAAAAGCAGACGGUAAUGGAGUAAUCACAAUAAAACCAGACUUUAACAACAAUAGAGGAGCCUACAGGCUGGAAACGCACGGGGAGAAGAGGGAGGUGUGGAGGCUGUAUCUGGAGAACGUCUCAUCACACAUUCAUGUGGAGGAGAAAGAGAGAGAGCAGCGCAUGUACAAAGAUCUGUACACACGUCACAAAGAUUACCUCAACAGCCUGGUUGGCCAAGACUUUGAAAUGCCACCUCUAGGGAUACUUCGCCUGAUUGUAAAUGGAGAGAUUGUUUCUGCUCAGGGCUAUGAGUAUGACAAUCUUUAUGUCCAUUUCUUCCUGGAUUUACCAAAUAAUUGGUCCAGUGUUCCCUUUCACUGUCUGUCUGGUGUGACUCAGACGUGUCGCACGCAUAGUGUGGGAAAGGAGGAUGUUGCAUUCUUCUCCUAUCCGUUCAGCUUUGAGACCUUCUUCCAUAAGGAAGAUGAGUCUGAUGGGUCAUUACCUCAGUGGCCAGUGCUGUAUUUCAAAGUUCUCUCGUUGGAUUUCUGGCAGCGCUACAGAACUGAAGGCUAUGGCUUCCUGGUCAUUCCCUCAACGCCGGGGUAUCACAGGAUGACUUGCCACACAUGGAGACCCCUCCAGUCCGGCAGGGUGGCUGAACUGAGACGCUUCUUCAUCGGCGGAGCACCUGAACUCGAGGACAUCAGUUAUGUUAGAGUGCCUGGCACUUUCAAGGGAGAGCGGUUGAGUCGCUUUGGCUUUCGCACUCAAACCACUGGAAGUGUGACCUUUACUCUUAAUUGUAUCCAGCAUGCCAGGGCUUUUAUUGAUGCCAACGCCCUGAAGAAAAGAAGGCAGACUGUUCUGGAUCAGCUGGGCGGACACAGUCAGCAGGGCUCUGUCUAUAAUGUUCUGGAAGCAUUUCAGAGGGCACGCAAGCGCAUGCAGGAUGCAAGAGAGACUUUACCCAGAGAUCUCAUCAACACCUCUGCACAAUUAAACUCCGAAUCUUCUGCAUAGGAACAUUAGACAUGGUGCGUGUGUAAUAAUUCUGUUCACAGUAUUUGUGUUUAUAUGUGUAUAGUAUAUUUUUGUAUUGUUUGAAAUGUAUUGAAUGUUUUCAAUUGUGUUUUAUGUAUUACUUGUAUUAUGUAUGUAACUAUUUCUUUUACUUUUCGCAAAUGUACUUAAUAAAACAUGGUUAUUGUAAAAACUAAA